AUGCUGCGUAUCCAAUGGCCAACGGCGGCGCCGCCGGUGCACCCCUUCCGUCGCAUAGCUGCGUAUCUGUUAAGGACCUGGAGAGGCCAAAGUGAAGGUGUUUACCGCAAAGAGGAUUCGAAGUGGUCAAAUUAUAGGGUUUGUGGUUCGGGAUGGAUCCGUGAAGGUGGAUCUGAGCGAGGAAUAAUAGCCAUGGGAUUGGGAAAUUGA